AUGGCCGUAGCACCUAUAGCCAGACCUAAUUGUCUUGACAGUUGCGGGCAAAAUAUAAGCAUUCCUUUUCCCUUUGGAAUCGGAACAGGUUGCUACCUGGACAAACAGUUCGAAAUUGAAUGCAACCAAACUGCCAAACCUCCUAGAGCUUAUAUACGUAGCAUCAAAUUGGAGGUGGUGAAUAUUUCAGUUGACAGAGGGGCUGCUAUUGUCAAAGGUCCGAUAAUAUCCUUCAAUUCUUCUGGCAGGCAAGCCGGUUUACCUGUGAAUUUAACGGGAACUCCUUUCAUCUUCUCUUACCGGAAUGUAUUCGUAGCCAUGGGUUGCAACACUCGUGCUGUCAUGACUGAUAUUCAGCCCUAUCUCAUCGGCUGCGAAUCUACAUGCAAAGACCAGAGUGCUAAUGUUAAUUUACUAGGAACUGAUUUUUGUUCUGGUAAAAAUUGCUGUGCGUCUUCAAUAAGUUCAUUCGUUCAGGUUUUUAAUCCAAGGUUGGAGGCUCUAGAUGAUAACCAAGGCAAAAAUGGACGCUGGUGGGCCUUCCUAGCUUCGGACGAAUGGUUUACAUCCAAUAAAACGGAUUCCUUGGCUGUGCCGUACAUGGAUUACGUACCAAUGGAACUCUUUUGGAUAGCCAGUAACUUGGAUCUUGAGAAAAGUCCAGUGCAUUGCGAACUAAGGAAUGACAAUAGAUCUUUAGCGGCUGGGUGCCAUUGCUAUAUGGAUAGCUAUGAGGGCAACCCCUACCUUAAGUCUGGGUGCACAGCACGAAAGGGUAAAGGGUAA